ACCCCUACCCCCUACCCCCCCUCCCCUCCCCCACCGCACCCCCCCCACCCCCCCACCUCCCCCGGCGACCCCUGACCCCUGACCUCUGACCCCGGGCAGCGGGGGCAGCCGCGGCGCAGCACAAUGGAGGCCGGGUCCUCCGCGGUCCCCGAGUUCCCAGAGGACGGUGACAGCUCCGGGCCCCCCCCGCGGGGGAGACCCCAGGCCACCAGCGCCCCUCCCCCCCCCGCCAGCGCUGUGACCCCACCAGCCACCUCCCCCCGCCCCUUCCCCUGCCCCUCCUGCGGCAAAACCUUCGCCCAGCGCUCCAACCUCCUCAAACACCGCCGCGUCCACACCGGCGACCGCCCCUACCGCUGCCCCGACUGCGGCCGCUGCUUCGGUUGGAGCUCUUCCCUCCUCGAACACCGCAAAGGCCACGCCGGCGCCAAACCCCACGCCUGCCCUGAGUGCGGCAAGACGUUCCGCCGCUCCUCCACGCUCCUGGAGCACCAGCGCACCCACACGGGCGAGAAACCCUUCGGUUGCCCUCAGUGCGGCGCGCGCUUCAGCCAGAACUCAACGUUGGUCCAUCACCGGCGGACCCACACCGGGGAACGGCCCUACGGUUGCCCGGAAUGUGGGAGAAAGUUUGGGAGAAAAUCCACGUUGGCCACGCAUCGCCGCGUCCAUACCGGGGAACGACCCUACGGUUGCGGCGAGUGCGGGAGGAGGUUCGCCGUCAGUUCCGAUUUGGCCAAGCAUCGGCGCGGGGCGCACAGCGGGGGGCUGCGGCGAGGAGGGGUUGGGGGCAGGGGCGGGGGCAGGGCGGAGGAAGAGGAGCCAUGGCGGGGGCGUCAACAGCGUCGACGUUGAGGGCAAUGGCGGCGUUGACCGUGUUGACUGCGUUGACCAUAUCGACCGUGUUGCCGGCAUUGAUGGCGCUGGCCGCGUUGACCACGUCGACUGUGUUGACCGCGUUGACCGCAUUG